AUGGGCGCUUCCGCCGGAAAAGUCGACACAAGUUCCAUCAGAAGGGAGGAUAUUUGUUAUAACAUCGAAGGUUUUAUCAGUUGUCCUUACUUCAAUGCCGCAACAGAAUUGGGCGGAAAGUUAAAGCAACCCACAUCGUCCACAAAGCCCGUCGUAAUUAACGUUUCUGGUCAUUUAAAAGAAAAGUGGGGCGAACGGGUUAAAUAUCUACAAUCGAAAAUAAAAAAUUCGGAUAAUCACAGAACGUCACCAUUCGUUUACGAAGGAUGUCAUGAGAAGGAUUACAAGUUUAUCGGCGGUUACACCGAUUUUGCCAGUUUCGUGAGAGCGAGAUAUCAAAACGUAGAAAUUCCCGAGGUCCAAGUCAAGGGACACGGGAAGGAACACGGAAAAGAACCCGUAAAAGAAUGUGAUGAUGGAACCUGUAAAUUAUAG